UGCGUACAUCAUGUGGAAGAAAAUGUCAAAAUCAUUUUGUUUUUGUUGUUUGUGUGGGAAAGCGUACGCAGUAUAAAAACAGAAACUCGUGGUCGUCCAAAAUAGCAGUUUGCUUCCACACUUCGCAUUUCAAAUUAGUUCCGUGCAACUGUAAUCUUCAAAAGAGCUGCAUCAAAAUGGGUAUGGUACAGAAGCGCAAGAAAAUGCACUCCGGUGACACGCACCUACGUCGCCGUUGGCGUGUGCGCAGUCGGCGACGUGAUCUCGACCAAAUUGACGACGAUUUGCGUACACAAUCAGCAGAGCUCAUCAAUCAACCGGUGGAUCUCGAUCAGCCUGGAUUCGCGCAAUUCUACUGUGUACACUGUGCCAAAUACUUCAUCGACGAUCAUGCAAUGCAAGCACAUUUUCGCACCAAAGUGCACAAACGUCGUAUGAAGGCGUUAGAAUUGGAGCCAUACACGGUGGAGGAAGCUGAACGUGCUGCCGGACAGGGUAGCUACAAAGCUCCAAAAAAACGGGUAAUGGAAACACAACCCACAAAAGAGCAGGUCAAAAAGGGAAAACGCAUACGGGUCGAUGAAAAAUUGGAGGAAGAUAAAGUGCCUAAAACUAAGCGAAAAGUUGAGAAAAUGCAAUCAUAGGUGGAGGAAAUGGAAAUACUCCUUUUUGGGACUAAGGAAUGAUACUAACAAAAUAUGUAUCAUUUCAUUUGUAAAAUGUAAAAACUGUUAAUAAAAACGUGCGUUAGAUUUAAAA